CUGCAUGCUCCUCCGCUCACAGCCCCGCUGAGGAUGGAAAAGCGGUCUCGCAGCUCCUCCAGGGAGUCCCACAGGAGGACCAGAGAGCCCGCAGACUCACAGGGCAGGAGAGAGAAGGUGGAGAGCAGAAGAGGAGCCAGCAAGGACAGAGAGGGGCUCAAGAGGGGGAAAGCCAAAGAGGGGAAGAGCCCCACAGAGACAGACAGCAGAGUGCCGAGCUCCACGGUGGUGGACGUGGAUGAUGUCGUGUCUUUCGACGAGGAAACAGAGGUGAUGGCACUGCUGGAAAGCGAGCAGCAAGAGGAAGGGAUGACAUCUCCUGGUCGAGGUAUCUGUGAAUGGCUUCUUACCAUCUUGUCCCUUCUCUUCAUCAUAUUGACCUUCCCCAUUUCUGUCUGGUUCUGCAUGAAGAUCGUGCGGGAGUACGAGAGAGCCAUCGUGUUCCGACUUGGGCGCCUCCUUCCUGGAAGGCCCCGAGGGCCCGGCCUUUUCUUCUUCCUUCCCUGUCUGGAUACAUACCACAAGGUAGACCGUCGCCUCAAAACCCUAGAGAUCCCCUUCCAUGAGGUGGUGACCAAAGACAUGGUUACUAUGGAAAUAGAUGCUGUCUGCUACUACCGGAUGGAAAAUGCCUCUCUCCUCCUAACCAGCGUGGCCAACCUCUCCAGUGCUGUCCAGCUGCUGGUGCAGACAACCAUGAAGCGCUUGCUGGCCCAUCGAUCCUUCAGUGAAAUCCUCCUGGAAAGGAAGAGCAUUGGCCAGGAAAUGAAGGUCACCUUGGAUGCAGUCACAUGUCGCUGGGGAAUCAAGGUGGAGAGAACAGAAAUCAACCACGUGCGGCUGCCCACUGAACUGCAGCAGUCCCUGGCAGUGGAAGCAGAGGCCCAGAGACAGGCCAAAGUGCGGGUGAUUGCGGCCGAGGGGGAGAAGGCUGUCUCUGAAUCCCUGAAGAUGGCAGCCGAGAUCUUAGCCAGCUCCCCAGCUGCUGUCCAGCUCCGUUACCUGCACAUGCUGCAAUGCCUGUCUGCCGAGAAACCUUCCACCAUCGUCCUCCCUUUGCCCUUUGACCUAAUGAAUCUUGUAUCUGCGGCUAGCCACAACUCCACGGGCAGCAGCCUUCCCACCAGCGCUCCCAAUCACCCUGAGGCUCCAAAGGACAAGAAGGACUCCCCCAUGCUAUAGAGCCAUGCCAGGGGAAGCUGGCGCUCAGACAGGACUGCCACGCUGAUGAACACCUUCUACCAGGUCACUUAUCUUCAAACAAGCUCCAUGGACUGGCCUGCACUAUGCCAGCCCCCCAGCAUGAACUGUGGAGGGGUUGGGAUGGGAAACGAGCAGGGGUCUGUGAUAUAAAGUGGGCUGGACACAGACAUUUGAGUUUGCUUUGAAGAAACAUUCCGGCUCAUUCCGUGUGUGGGGUGCAGGAAUGGAGCUGGGGUGGGGGUGGGAGCUCCCUCUGUGUCUCACCAUUUCAUUGCUCCUUUUACCCUGCUGUGCUGAGGAGCAGAGGGAUGGUAGAACUGCUUCCCCUAGCCCCAGAGCUGGAGCCCUAGAGAUAGCCUCUAUCAUUCCAAUUAGGCUGGCUGGAUAGACGAGGGGUGUUUUUCCUUAAAGGCCCAAAAUAUCAACCUCUCCCUUCCCAACAUGAUCUGGCUGGAAUCAUUUGCAUUGCAAAAGCCCAGUGCCCAGGAGAAGCAAGGAGGCCCAAAGGGGCGCCCCACUGUAACAUAUCAGUCAGAGGCUGUGGAUUGUUCAGAGCUCCAUAUGCUUGGGCAGAGCUUGAGAUCUUCCUGCUGUGUCACUCAUUGCGAAGUGGGCAUCUCCUCAAAGAAGGGAAGCUGGUAAGAAGCGCUGGCCCAGGUACAUGAGACCUCUUUCAGUCCCUCAAGAGUGAACUCCUCUGGAGACAGGUUUCGCUACCUUCACCCCUCCCUGGGUGGAACCCCCAUGGUCUUGGUCUGAUCCUUCAACGGGUUUCUGGGCUGCAGCCCCCUGCCUCCCAAUCGUAUUAAUGUUGCUGGCCCAGCUGGGCUGGGCCCCUGUAAACCCUUUGCCUCCAGAAGCCUGGGGCAUCAGCUGAAUAAAGUGACUGAAAACAAG